CAACAGUUUAACAGUUCGUAGUAGUUUUAAAAAGUGUUACUGUGGCAACAUAAUUAUGAGUGAACGCAAAAAGCUUGCCGAUAUUUCAUCCAUCUCCCUCGUAAAUUCUGUAGGCCGAUUGACAACAAAAGGCGAUAUUUUGAGCAUUGUUGUUUUAAAUGUUUCUCUAUAAAGUGUCGUGAACGGACAGCCUAUAUUUGUGAUUUACAGAGUGGAGGAAAAAAUAUGAAGAGGCGAAAUGCCGAAACUGGCAAGAUGCGGCGCCCAGUAAAGCGCACCAAAAUCACCGAAGGAAUGUACGGAAACUCCAUGCUGUACCUGAAGUUCGUGAUGCUGUGGGCGACAGUAGUGCUUGCAGACUAUAUGCUGGAGUUCCGGUUUGAGUUCCUCUGGCCUUUCUGGAUGAUGCUCAGAUCCGUCUAUGACUCCUUUAAAUAUCAGGGACUUGCGUUUUCAGUAUUUUUCAUCUGCAUAGCGCUCACGUCCGACAUGAUAUGUUUCUUCUUUAUUCCGCUACAGUACAUAUUCUUCGCAGCCAGUACCUAUGUAUGGGUGCAAUAUGUCUGGUAUACAUUUGCAGACAAAGGCGUAUGCCUGCCCACAGUAGCGAUAUGCUGCGUGCUGGUGUACGUGGAGGGCGCGCUGCGGGCGCGCACGGGCGGAGGCCUGGAGCUCUGCCGGCCGCUGGCGGCGCACUGUGUGGGGUACCCGGUGGUGACGCUCGGGUUCGGCGUGAAGUCGUACGUGGGCCACCGGCUGCGCCUGCGCCGCCAGCGGCAGGUCCGCGCCGAGAACCAGUUCUACUUCCAGCUCAUGCGGGACGCGCUGCCGGACACGGAGCUCGAGCAGAGUCAAACAAAAGAAGAGUCGCGCCCCGCCACGAGCCCCACCAGUAACGGGGAGUGCGCCCACGCAGGCGACACGCGGCAUAUGAACGGCUCCGUGCGCCGCCGCUGCAAGGACGCCAACGGGAUACUGCACGACCUUACGCAGGCUAAGUUAGAGAAGCUGGAGAAGCAGCUGUCGCGGGACAAGCCGGCGCACGCGCACAGCAACGGGGCGCCGCCCGGCGCCGCGCCGCCUGCCGACGACGACAGGCACGACCACAGUAAAGGUAGUGCAAAGUCAUCGAAAUGUGAAAAGAAAGAGGCUAGUACAUUAAAAGAAGAAAAGAGAAAGAAUAAAAACAAAGAUAAAGAUAAGGAUAAUCAUAGCGAUAGUCAUAAGGGUACAGAGCAAACAAAAGAACAAAUAGUUAAAGAAGUAGAAAGUACAAAAGAGAAUCAUAUAAGAAAUCACAAGGACUGCAACAGUGUCAAGGAGAAGGAGAAGGAACGGGAAAAGGAGAGAGAAAAGGAGAGGGAGAGAGAGAGAGAAGCUAAAGAGAGGGAGAAGGAGAAGGAACGCGAACGAGAGAAGGAAAGGGAACGCGAGAGGGAAAGGGAAAGGGAGUUGAAGUGCGCGCGCGAGGUGUCGGAGGAGCUGCGGCGCGUGCGCGCGGAGCUGGCGGCGGCGCUGCGCGCGGAGGGCGAGGCGCGCCGCGCGCUGGCCGCCGCCGCCGCCGCCGAGCGCCAGCGCCGCGCCGACCACCACCACCUCAAGCAGGCGCACGCCACGCUGCAGCACAAAGUGUCGGUGUGGCGCACGCAGGAGCGCGCAGCACUGGAGCGGCGGCUGGGCGAGGAGCGGCGCGCGCGCACCACGGCCGAGACCAUGCUGCAGCGGGCGCGGGCCGCCACCAGGACGCCCACGGGCGAGUGUGAGAACGAGUGGUGUCGCAACCGGCGGACGUCCAUGGACGGCGAGACGGCGGCGCUGCGGCGAGACCUGCGCCGCGCCACCGACAGGAACGACCAGCUCACCAGAGACCUCAGUCAGGCCAACGAACAGCUGCGAGCACUAGAAGCGCGGCGCGAGGAGUGCAAUAAGAGCAGCGACAGCUCCCUCGGCGGGGGCGGCGGCUUGGGCUCCGGGGGCGGAGGCCUGGGCGCGUGGAGCGCGCUGGCCGAGCGCGCGGCGCACCUGGAGCGCUCGCUGUCGGCCGAGACGCGCGUCAAGCUGGACCUGCUGUCCGCGCUCGGGGACGCCAAGCGCCAGCUGCAUAUACAAGAGGGUUUAAUAUCAAAACAAGAGAAAGAAAUAGAAGAACUGAAAGCUCAAAUGUUGGCGGUAAUGCCUACGGAAUACGUGACACCUGUCAGCGGGUCUAUGUCGAAACUCAGAUUGGAGAGUUCACCACUGGACCCAAACGCGUCGGUCUACACGCCCAAACAGCUGUGCUCCGACGCCUAGGUACCUGCCUCGAUUCGUCCUUACAGGCCAUCCACGUUCAGUCAGACCGUCUUAAACUGGAAAUUUCUACAAAAUUCCACAGCUCGGCCAGGGUAAGUUGAUCCGCGUUUAGGGCUACUUACACUGGGCUAUGUUUCUGGAAGUUUCUAGAACUUUCCAGCACGAGUUGGUCCGGCUUAAUGGUGCGGAGGCCGUUAACGUAUUACACUACACUUUAUGUUUAUGUAACGGUCACCACAUAGUAUAUUUUAAUGGGGUAUAAUGGGCCCGGUACAUACCGCGUUAACCUAAUUGCGUUUUCACACUACAUUCGAGUCCGAGAUAGAUAGAUAAAAUACUUUAUUGAGCACAAUGGACACAAAAUACAACAGAUACAGAAAAGCACAACAGGCGGCCUUAUUGCUCAUGCAGCAAUUUCUUCCACGCAACCUUAAAGGGUUAAGGGCCUUUUCCUUAGGGUUUUCGGAGAAUGACCGAUAGUAGAAAAAUACUUAUGGCCGUUUUCGAUAAUCUAUCCAUUCAAUGAUUUCGCUUACUAAAGUAACUUUUGACACUUAUUUUGAUGCACACGUCAAAAAUGUUUUGUAAGCAAAAACCAUGGUUUGAUAGAUUAUUAAAAACGGCAGUCAGAGAUAUCGGAUGACGGAUUUUGGUAAUGCCAUAGAAUAAUGAAUAAUACUACGUUAUAGAACGGUAACUCUUCGCUCCGCACCAUUCCGCAGCGGGCGCCGACCUUACCUCUGGGUUCUUUCGUCUUAAACGGCCGUUAGCCGGUAAGGAGUAUGAGAGAGAGAGAGAGAGAGAGAGCACGAACUGUCUGUGUCGCCCGCACUUAUGCGUUAGGCGGUAUACGACAGGAAUAGUGUAGUAGUGCAUAAUAAUAAGCUACCGUACAAAUAGCUCUACAGCCAUUUUGGAUCCUUCGUUUGACGGAUUCGGUUCGCUAGUGUGAAAACGCCCUAAGGGUCUCUUUAUUUCAGGGUAGUGAUAUGCUACGGUUUUUCUAAGUUUUUUUUUCUUGGUUUAAACUACAAUCAGUCCUCUAGACUAAGCAGUUUCGUUGAGUGGAUAAGUGACGUGUCAGGAGCUACAACCAGUGUCACAGCUUCCCACUUUAUACAACAUGGCUUCUCUUCAGUCGUUUCACAUUUACGAGGUCUAUAAGCUCUGAUGCGAGGGGAUUCGGAUGAUCGGGUAGUCGCUCUAGAUGUUUCUUUUGGUAAUUCUUGAUCUCUUCAGCGACGGUGGGAAUGUUAAGGUAUUCAUAUUAUAAGGUAUUUUUUGAAUCUAUAUAAUUAUCUAUCAUCAUCAGCCGUACGACGCCCACUGCUGGGCAUAGGCCUCCCCCAAGGAUCUCCACGACGAUCGGUCCUGCACUGCCCGCAUCCAGCGGCUUCCCAAGGUCCGCUUACCUAACCUGAAGAUUUGACAGGUCCAGUUUUUUAUAGAAACGACUGCCUGUCUGUCUUUCCAACCCGAAGAGAAACCAGCCCAAUACAGGUUAGGUCACAUCCCUCCGAAACGCAGAAAGUGGGUUUCUGUGGGGUCAGUUGUGCACGUGAUCUAAACAUUAAUUCGAAAAUAACUUUGAAAAUCAUUGUUUAGGCCCGUGCUGGGUUUGUUAUUGCAAAAUGACGCGACCUUGGCUUCAUCAUCAUCUCCCUAGCAUUAUCCCGUUUUUUCAGAGUCCGCUUACCUAACCUGAAGUUUGACAGGUCCGUAUUUUUAAAGAAGCGACUUCCUGUCUGACCUUCCAACCGCGAAGAGACCAGCCCAAUAUAGGUUAGGUCACAUACCUAGAUGUUUCCCUUCACAGCUGAGCACGUGAUAAUCAUUUAUGAUUCAAACAUGAAUUGGAAAAAAUCGACAAUCAUUGGUUUAGGCCUGUGCUGGAUUCGAACCUACCAACUGGGUUACCACGGCUCACGCGACCUUGACUCCAUUACAACUAAUAUUUAUUAUGUAGUAUAGACAAUUUGUUGACGUCAUUUUACCGCUGUUAGAUGACUCCGUUCUCUUAGGAAACCGAAGCUUUGCUACCCUGAAAUAGAGUCGAAAAUAUAAUGUAGUGUGAUACGUCUUUUAAGGCCUUAAUUGGUUAAAACAUAGUACUAUGACGCGAUAUCAUUAUGGCGUUCGGAUACUGUGGGUUCACCCCAGCAGUAAAGGCAACCAGGCUAUAUCCCGUCAUUAUGACGUAUGUACAAUCAUGAGUAAUAUUAUGGUAUAGUCCGUUCAAGAAUGAUCUUCAUAAAAGGUAAACAAAUAUGGCUGCCGAUAUUUUUUAUCUGUGUCAAACUGCAUACUAGUGAAGUGCUGAAUUGAUUUUAGCUCAAGUUAUUUUAUCAAAAUGAACUGACUCUCUUGGGCUGUUUGAAUAUUUUGUAUGAUAAUAUUAAAAUAUACAUUGUAUGUUUCUUUAUGGUUACACUAACUCACUUUGAAAGUCAUUUUUUCUGCGCAUUUCGGCUUAUUAAGUACAGUACACUCACUUAAGUUAUUCACGGAACUGACUCGUUUUCCUGACCUGAAUGAAAUGUCUCAUCACUAAUAGUCAAAUUGACAGCUAGCCACAGAUUAACAAGAAUUUAUGAUGUCAACUUUUUUGUGUGAGGUUUUGUUUGAUUUUUGUUUUUACAUGAAAAAAUGUGUUUUUAAUCAUUAUUUUACGUUAAUUUCACAUUGAGCUAAGAAAUCAUACAUCUAUUGAGUGCUACGGAUGUUAUUAGGAAAAUACUUUGCGUAGUUUAGGUGAAAUUCGAACAUUCUUUGUAGUAACAGGUUUGUUUACCUUUUAUGAAGAUCAUUUUUGAACGGACUAUAUAAGAAAACCAGGUAUGCUCAAUCCUAUAACAAGCCGCCAUUGCUAGCCCAUUGAUGACGUAAGCGUUACCACUGUGUUACCGUUAAGAACGUAAAUUUUAUUAUUGAAAAUUAAGCGAAUUACUGACUAAUAUAUUUAAUUACUAUUAUUGGUCACCUAAAUAUAAAAACAUUGGUUGCGGGUAAUUAUUUUUUUACGAAAUUGCAACGCAGGGUGGGAUGACGUCAGCUGGGCUAAACUUGAAAUGUUAACUGUCACUUUUGAGCAUACCUGGUUUGCGUAAUGUACCUACUUUAGAACCAUGUCACACUAACAUAUUUGACAUCUAGUGAGACUUACAGUUCAAUUUGUCUAGAAAACUAAUGUGACAUGGUACUAAAAUUCUCGUGACUGUACCAUUAUCAUGCUUUCAUACUAAACACAGUGGAAUGAUGCCUUUGCCAAUUGUCUGCGUAAGGCCUUAUGGUGAUUUUCCACCGAGUAGAAAAUAAAGCAAGGAUUAAAUUGUGUAUAGUAACUUUUCAACCGAAGUCAAAGCCAUGAAAGUCCAUACAUUGUUUAAAUCUUGUUUUUUUAUUUGCUACGGUGGAAGAUGAGGCUCAGCUGGGCUUUGUAUGGGCGUUUGAUUGAUCUCAUUUUUUUUAUUUCGAUACUGGCAAGUUAGAAAGGAAUGUUCUAAUAUCAUAUUGGUUUAAGGUCAUCCGUAAGUCUCACUUCGGCUUUAAUUGAAACGUGUACGUUAAGAUAUAAAGGUUGUUUUUGAUUAUAGGAUUGAUGUAUAAGGGAAGAUAAUAGUCUUUUUUUUUUAUUUGGCUCUGCAGGCCUAGCACGCUAUGUAAGACACGACGCGAAAUAAAAGUCCUUGGCACAUCAUCAUCAUCAUCACCAGCCCAUUAACGUCCCCACUGCUGGGGCACGGGCCUUCCCUUGGAUGGAUAGGGAGAUCGGGCCUUAAACCAUCACGCGGGCCCAGUGCAGAUUGGUGGUUAUUAACGACUGCUAAUGCAGCCGGGACCAACGGCUUAACGUGCCUUUCGAAACACGGAGGAGCUCGAGAUGAAAACUUUUUUUUGUGGUCACCCAUCUUAUGACCGGCCUUUGCGAAAGUUGUUGAACUUCAACAAUCGCAGACCGAGCGCGUUUACCGCUGCGCCACCGAGCUCUUCAGCUUGGUACAUGCGACUUUAUUUAUUUAUUCCUUGAACAAAGCAAACAUUGUGUUGGAAUGUUUUACAACAACAAGAGAUAGCAAUAAGUAAUAAUAGGUAACACAAACUUAAUACAAGAACACAGGGGUGCCACAAUCUCAUGUUAAUAAUAUAACAGCCAUACAGGAUUAACAAUAGAUAAUAAAAUCACAAUAAUGCCCACGUGAACACCACAAUAAUGUCCAAACAGACCGACCAACCUACUAUUCGCAAUGUCCUGGACUUUUCCAAGAUGUCGCGCUCAAAAGUAAAUAUCUUAUUAUUGUAUAAGGCUUAUAGAAGAGCCACGAAAAAGAUAAAACAGAUACGUAAUUGAAGAUACGAGAAAAUUUAUAGUUUUUAACAUCAUUUAUGUGACAUACUUUUCUUGUUCAAGUUGCCAGCAAGUCGAUGCGCCAACGAGGAACCUCAAUUCGUCUGUCAAAUUUGACAAAUCGCUGUAUUGUAUAUAUUCAGGCUGUAUGGUCCUCAGAUCUUUGCCUACUUUAUAUAAGGCGAAUUUAAACAACAACAUGACAAUUCGCGUAUUGACAUUUAAUCGCUCUACUCGCGCCGUUAGCGUGCUAAGCCUGCGUAUGUGAUUAUACUGCAUUAGACAGGAAUUCAUACUACUUCGUUUUACACAUCAUACAACAUUCCUUGCUACCUUGUCGACUUAAACUUUACAUUUGGAGGAUAUAUAUUUCGUUUCAGUACUUAAACCCGCAGAAAAUUCGGAAUGUCCAUACAAAUUCUGGUGCGAACUGGAUAUAACUGGAUUUAACUAAAAAAUACGAGUGUGUUAGUUUUGUAACAGUGUAUUGUCGAAACAGAGCGUUUAUUUUUUCAUCAAUGAAAUAUUUGGACUCGUCUGUACCUUCCUACUUCGCGAAUGUUUACAAGCACAGAACAAAAUGUUGCUAUACGCUAAAAUGUGAUUUAUUUUUCAAUAUUGUACUUAAAAUUUAUAAUGAGAAUAAAACGACGAACCGAAGCCUAGUGCUGCCUGCGCGCAUUGUCGUUCUGUAUUUCAUAUAUUGCGUGUUUUUUUUUAAAUUUACUGAGAGCAACAGUGACGAGAAGGUUGACGAUUAAUUUGGCAACAUUUCGUCGUUGUUAUAAGACUGUAAACAUUGUUUUGUACGCGCGUCUGUACCUGAAUUGUUGAGACUUGAGCCAAUGCGCAAUAGCGUCACUAUAUCAGAUUGUUGAAGAGCCAGUAACGUCUGUUAUUGCCGCGAAAAUAAGUCAUAUUGGGAAACUUUCGUCUCGUUCGGACCAAUGACUUAACACACAAGCGGAAAAGAGUUGUACGAAUUGAUAUUUCUGUCUCGUUCGAGAUCAGGCCGUAAACUUUGAGUAGAAAAGAGAUGGCUGUACGUUUGAAUGUGCCUCUUAUGUCUUAUUUCCGCGGCAAAUCUGUAAGCAUCACUACAUUUCCUCUGUUCUGUGCAUUUUACUAACUUUAGUCGUGACUAAUGAUCUCUGAAUGCAUAAUUUUAUUAAGAAAAAAAGAUUCGGUCCUUCCAUAUUAACAAUCGCUGUAUGAUUAAAGCGUGUUCUUUUUAAAUUUAUGUGAUAAAUUGUACAAAUUAAGAUCUGAUAUCUUCUUCCUUGUAACUGUAGGUUUUAUUAACUUUUUAGGUCGAUGUCGGUUUUUGACUGAGCGUGUUUUCAUACACUAUUAUAUAAUAGAGACGUAGAAUUUUACCAUUUGACACUAAAAUAUAUCAUAAUAACUGCAUUGUGAGUACCUAAAGCUAUCUGAAUAAUUUCAUAGAGUGGAUUGCUUUAUUAUUAAAAUUAGUAUUUCGUCUAAUGAAUGAAGAUAUUUGAAUGACGACCGACUCUAGCCAAAGAGGCGGUCAAUCAGCUCGCGACACCAAACGCUUCAGGACGCCAAUGGCGUGGUCGACGUCUUCCCUCUUUCAGCUCUUAUCGCUAUUGGCCUACUAGGGUAGAUUGAUACUUUCAUUCCUCAGACGACGUUUUUAGCUGAGGUAUUCAAAAUUCAAAUUCAAAAAUAUCUUUAUUCAGUAGGCAACAUAGUUACACUUUGAAUCGUCAAUUUUUACAUAACGAACGUCUCAUCCGCCUAAAACAACUGCAGCUUCUCACAACAUGUAUAGCCGGGGAAAAGAAGCUGCA